GGAAUGGUACCAAUCUUCAGUCGCGAUUCGAACCUUCAGCGCGUAUCGGCCCACGACAACAUUAUCGAGUAUUGCAGAACUAAUCAGCAUCACUUCUGGGGUUCACGUAAUCGGCUUACAUAACUCCAAAACACGAAAAUGAACCUGCUGCUGGUCACGGUUCUGGGGGUUAUCCUGGUGGCAUCUCAUCAGAGUUUAGCCGCCCCAGCCAAAGCCCUAGCCGAUGAAGAACUGAAGGGUUUCAAGCUUGAAGAUGUUGUUCCGAAUACCUUCGGGCAGAGAGGCUUCGGAGCCAGCUGGUUAUCAGGCAGUGAACUUUUGUACAGGGUGGGUGACUACGUAAAAUACGAUGUGGCAACAGAUACUGAGACUGUUCUACUAGCGGAAAGCACUUUGAGCGCAUAUCGCGGGGCUAGCGUUCAGUUCUUGAAGCCGGACUUCACCUGGGCCUUGAUUCGUUAUGAUGUCAAAACGGUGUUCCGGCAUUCGACGCUUUCAAAGUAUACGCUUUUGGAUAUCAGCACAGGCAAUACGUACACGAUUGCUGAUGGACAGGAUGUGUCCAUCUGUGUUCUGGCGCCCAACCAUCAAUCUCUGGCCUACAUCAAGGAUAACAACGUAUACUACAAAUCCAGUUUGACCUCCAGCCAGGAGGUGGCGCUAACCACUGACGGUAUUCCGGGAAUCAUCUACAACGGAGUGCCGGAUUGGGUUUAUGAAGAGGAAGUUUUCGGAACGGAUGCCACGCUCUGGUUCUCGAAUGAUGGUAGCCACGUAGCGAUUGCUAGUUUCGAUGACCGCGAGGUGCCUCAGAUUUCCUACCCGAUCUACGGCAAUCCGGGCGAUGACAGUUUCCAGUAUCCGGAGGAAUAUCUGUUGCGUUAUCCCAAGGCCAACAGCACUAAUCCAUUAGUUAGCCUCCGGGUCAUGGACCUUACGGUCAACCCCAGGGUUUGGAAGGACUUGGCCGCACCGGUUGACGUUGUCGGAGAAGAUCACAUUCUGACGAGCGUUAACUGGAUUGGUACGAAUUUGGGUGCCAUGUGGAUGAACCGGCGCCAGAAUGUGGCCAGCUAUCAAGGGUGCAAUGUCGGAACUGGUGCUUGUAGAGAGAUGAUCCAAAUUAAUGAACCAUCCGGUUGGUGUGAUAUUUCGACUUUCAGGUGUACAGAUUCAGGAAGCCGUUGUCACUUCCUAGCCAAUUUCAAUGGUUGGCGUACGAUUUGGGAGUUUAAUGGAUUUUUGUCUUUACCCAGAUUCGUUAAGGAGCAGGUAACGGUCACAAGUAUCAUUGGCUACGACGAAGCCAAAGGUAUCAUUUACUACACAGCAGUUUCGGCAGACGCUCCUCAAGAACGCCAUGUCUAUGCUAAUGCUGAUUGUUUGACCUGCGACCUGCUCAAAGAUACUUUAACCAAUGAUACCCCCUGUUCCUACGCAAGUGCAAGUUUCAGCUCCAACUUUGAGUAUUUCGCUGGAUCGUGUUCUGGUCCUACUCCUAGUUACACUCGUCUCUACAGAACUAAUGACUUGCAGUUGAUUGAUACCUGGGAAGACAACAGAGCUCUACGAGCACGACUCGAUGAGUACAAGAAAACUCAAGUGCGAUUUUUGAAGGUCCCAGUAACAGGAGGAUUCCACGCAUCGGUUCGAUUCUACCUGCCACCCGAGAUCGAUUUCGAGAAUCCGGAAAACAAUCAGGAAAAGUACCCCAUGAUUGUGCAAGUCUACGGAGGUCCAAACUCGGCCCGGGUUAUUGACACCUUCACCGUUGGCUUCGGAGACUACCUAACGACCACCAAGAAGAUCAUCUACUGCCAGAUCGACGGCCGUGGAACGGCUAACCAGGGUUAUGAAUUCUUGUUCACCAUGAACAACGCUUUGGGAACGGUCGAAAUCGAGGACCAGAUUGCCGUUACCAAAUACCUGCAGGAUCACUACAGCUUCAUCGAUCGCGAUCGGACCGGCAUCUGGGGCUGGAGCUACGGAGGCUACGUCACAUCACUCGCACUGGAGAAAGACGCCGAAACGGUGUUCAAAUGUGGUAUCUCUGUAGCGCCAGUGACCUCGUGGAUGUUCUACGACUCCAUCUACACCGAGCGUUUCAUGGGAAUGCCAACGGUGGAGGACAACCAGGUGGGGUACAACCGGAGCGAUGUUAGCCGAUACGUUGACGGAAUGAAGAAUCACAUGUUCCUGCUGAUCCACGGCAACGCCGAUGACAAUGUGCACUAUCAAAAUUCGAUGGUUUUCGUGCGAGCCUUGGUCGAUGAAGAUGUGGAGUUCGAACAGAUGAGCUAUCCAGAUGAAGCCCACGGGUUGACCGGAGUCCAACGGCACUUGUAUCAUACCAUGGACCAUUUCUGGAACGAAUGUUUCGAUUUGUAAUGUUCAUUUUUUUCAAUUGAAAUAAUACAUCUUUAUAAUUAAC